AUGUCGAAACGCCCACUCUCGAGCUUAUCUCUCCCCUUCCCCACCCUAUCUGCCCUGACGCGUGGCGGGUACGAGACCGUCGAAGACAUAUCCACGCUCACCCCAGAGACGCUCUCCAAAGAUCUCAACAUCCCCCUCUCAUCCUCCCAAGCCAUAUUCUCCGCCUCACAGGGCCCGAACUCAAGAACCGUCCCUAUGACACAAUCAGCAGCAUCACUCGCCGGGAACAGUAGCAGACUGCUCUCGACGCUCUGCGGCCCGCUCGAUCGCCUUCUCGGGGGUGGACUGAAACAAGGGUAUAUUCUCGAGCUCUCCGGCCCACCUGGCUGCCACAAAGAGGCCCUCGCCAUUAAUAUCGUGACGUCCUACGUGAACGCGAACGUGCACUCGUCACAGAACGUUCUGUUCGUAGACAUGCAGAACAUGACAACUCCCGCCACCCUGGAUCGCGCUCUACCAGCGUCGUCACCUGCGCCUUCCGACUACGGAAAGCGCGUCGAGUACCUGCGGCUGCAUUCCCUCACGGAAUUGAUGGUGUUUAUCCGGAAUUUGCCCUCAUACGUGCAAUCACAUACUAAAACAUCAUUGUUGGUCCUCAACUCGUUAUCGUUCCCAUUCCAAUCAGCCGUUACACUCAACAAAUCCAACCGCACCGCCCUCCUAGACAGACUCAAACAAGUGCUCGCAAGGGUCUGUGCCUCAGCGAGGCUUACAGUCGUGAUCACGAGCCAGCUCGCCACGAAGCUGCUGAAGGCCGACGGCUCCGCAGGCAAUUUCGACACGGGCACCAAGGCCAUCCUCGUCCCCCACCUAGGUCCCGCCUACCUCCCUUCUGGACGGGCAUACAGGGUCAUCGUCGUCCCACAGUCACGGACUUCAGGCGUCCUCCGCCUCUUAUCGUCACCUGCUCACCUCCAAGAAAAGAAGCCUCCCGGUGAAGAGCCCUACCAGCUGGUGAGCACAUAG